GAACUUGUUACUCAAGAAAAAAUUUAAUAUAUUAUAAAUUUAGAGAGAGAAGUAGACGUGAAAAAUCUCGCACUCGCCAUGGCUGCGGCUGUGGCUGUGGUCGCUCCUUCUCCGUUUCUAGGACGAGCUUCAUUUGAUACAAGGAAAACACCGUUCGAAAGGUCAGAUGUGAGAGUCAGAUUCAGCAUAAAGGCCAUAUUUUGGGGUCAGAGAAAAUCUGUGGAGCCCACCAAAUUGGAGAGAUCCCUUGGAAACUUCAGUUUGACAGAGUCAGGGUCAGAGGGAGGCACUAGUAAUGAAUCCAGAAAUUUAUCAGUUCGUGUGGUUUCAUCCAUAUUAGAGAUUUCACCACAGGAGUGGGAUGCUUGCAAUCUUGAUGUUACAGGCCUGGAAAAAUUUAAUCCAUUUCUUACACAUGGUUUUCUGUCAAGUCUUGAGGAAUCAGAUUCUGCAGUGAAGAAUACAGGAUGGGUUCCACAGCAUGUCAUUGCUCGGGAUGACUCUAAUAAUGUUCUUGGAGUAGUGCCUCUCUACCUGAAAAGCCAUUCUUAUGGUGAAUAUGUGUUCGAUCAUUCGUGGGCAGACGCUUAUUACAGUUAUGGAUCGAGAUAUUAUCCAAAAUUACAAUGUUGUGUACCUUUCACUCCAGUAACUGGCCCGAGGAUCUUAGUACGUAAUACAAAAUACAGAGAUCAAGUUUUUGACAUAUUAGCCUCUUCAUUGGUCGCCAUGACAAUUGAGCUUCAGGUUUCGUCACUUCAUAUCACUUUUCCCUCUGAGGAUCAGUGGGAGAAGUUGGAGGAGAAGGGUUUUCUUCGAAGAAUUGGAAUGCAGUACCAUUGGAAAAAUCGAGAUUAUAAAAACUUUGACGAGUUCUUGAUGGACAUGAAGCAAAGCAAACGGAAAAAUAUUCGUCAGGAGCGCAAAAAGAUUUCUACCCAAAAUCUGACCAUGAAACGCCUUAGAGGAAACGAAAUCAAGGCUAAACACUGGGACAUGUUCUAUAAUUUCUACAGAAAUACGACCGAUAAUAAGUGGGGCAGUGCAUAUCUAACAAGGGAGUUCUUCCACACUAUGGCUUCGAAAAUGGGCGAUCACGUCCUACUUAUUACUGCAGAAGAAGGGGACGAACUUGUCGCCGGAGCCCUUAAUCUUAUCGGUGGAGAUACACUAUACGGCCGUCUAUGGGGAUGCCUCCCUCGGGCAUAUUACCCUAGUCUACAUUUUGAAGCCUGCUACUACCAGGCUAUAGAGGCAGCAAUCGAACUUAAUCUUCAGACAGUGGAGGCCGGCGCCCAAGGGGAGCACAAAAUACAGAGGGGGUAUAUGCCGGUGAAAACCUACAGCUGCCACUAUAUUGCGGACGAUGAAUUCAGGGGAGCCAUUUCAGAUUUUUUGGCACGAGAAAGCGCUCAGCUCGAAUAUGUAAUGAAGGCGUUGCAAGAUUCUGGUCCGUUUAAGGACAACAUAACUUGACAGCAUUCUUCAGUAAGAACUAUCUUUGCUCUCAAAUGCAUAGAUCAAUUAUGCCUGCUUAUUGUGCUGCUCUACAGCUAAAUAUUAGCAUAGGCUGCUGUAGUUGGAAUCAAAUCCUGUAUAUAAAUGACAAUAUGGUACAGUGAUUGCAGUAUUCAAAUGCAAAUACAAAAGAAGAAAAUAUAAUCAUCA